UUCACAUUUUUGAAUGAAUUUCCCUCAAAACUAAUUAAUUGGGUUGAUAUUGUUUUGGAAUUGAAAAAUGAGUACUGCGAUAUCUGGUGUGGUUUCCCGCCAAGUUUUGCCUGCUUGUGGUUCCCUUUGUUUCUUCUGUCCUGCCUUAAGGGCAAGGUCUAGACAACCUGUCAAGAGGUACAAGAAGCUCAUUGCUGAAAUUUUCCCUCGUAACCAGGAGGAAGGGCUAAAUGAUAGGAAAAUAGGAAAACUUUGUGAUUACGCUGCCAAAAAUCCUUUACGCAUCCCAAAGAUUGUGAAUGCUCUUGAGCAAAGGUGUUACAAGGAGCUACGCAACGAGAAUUUUCGUUCAACAAGAAUUGUCAUGUGUAUUUACAAGAAAUUUUUGUCUUCUUGUAAAGAACAAAUGCCAUUAUUUGCUAGUAGUUUGCUAAGUAUUAUCCACACACUGCUGGAUCAAACACGGCAGGAUGAAAUGAGAGUUAUUGGAUGUAACAUUCUUUUUGAUUUUGUAAAUAAUCAGGUUGAUGGAAGUUACCUAUUCAGCUUAGAAGGUGUUAUUCCAAAGCUGUGUCAAUUAGCUCAAGAAACAGGAGAAGAUGAAAGGGCUAGAACUCGCCGUUCCGCUGGUUUGAAAGCUCUUUCAUCAAUGGUUCGGUUUAUGGGCGAACACUCUCACAUAUCAGUCGAGUUUGAUAAUAUUGUUUCAGCUGUCUUGGAAAACUAUGAAAUUCCUAAGGAAAGUUCCACAAGUCUUGAUAACAUUAACGAGGAACAAGGUACUGAGAAUAAGUGGGAUCCCGACACCACCAAUGAGGCUCAAACCUCUCCUUUGCUAGAUGUCAAAAAGAGAAAUCCGCCUUGGAGUAAAGUUGUUAACGACAAAGGCGAAGUAAAUUUUGCAAUGGAAGAUGACAAGAAUCCCUCUUUUUGGUCUGGGGUAUGUCUACAUAAUAUGGCCAAUUUAGCCAAGGAAGGGACUACUAUACGUCGCGUAAUGGAAUCUUUAUUCCGAUACUUCGAUAACGGAAAUUUAUGGUCUAUAAACCAUGGCCUUGCCUUUUCUGUUUUGAAGGAUAUACUAUUUUUGAUGGAUGAUUCUGAGAAAAACACACAUGUAUUGCUGUCAAUGUUAAUUAAGCAUUUAGAUCAUAAAACUGUCCUUAAAGAACCCAACAUGCAACUGGACAUUGUUGAGGUGGCCACUUCACUUGCUCAAUAUGCAAAGGUUCAACCUUCUGUAUCAAUAAUCGGUUCAGUAAGUGACAUGAUGAGACAUUUGCGGAAGACCAUACACUGUUGCCUAGAUAACUCAAAUCCGGACAAUGAUGUAAUCAAUUGGAAUAAGAAUUUCAGGAAAGUUGUGGAUAAAUGCCUUGUUCAGUUAGCAAAUAAGGUUGGAGAAGCAGACCCAAUUCUUGAUGUAAUGGCUGUGAUGUUAGAGAAUAUCUCAACUAAUACAAUGACAUCCAAAACAACUGUAUAUGCUGUCUAUCGGACUGCUCAAAUAGUAGCCUCCUUACCAAAUUUGUCCUAUCAGAAAAAGGCAUUCCCUGAGGCAUUGUUUCAUCAACUACUCCUAGCUAUGGUCCAUCCAGAUCACGAGACACGAGUGGUAGCUCACCGCAUCUUUUCUGUCAUUGUUGUGCCAACUGCUUCUGACUCCAAGGCAUCGGGUGUUCCACGAUCACUUUCGAGAGCAGUCUCUUUUUUCUCUUCUUCAGCAUCUUUAUUUGAGAAACUAAGACUGGAGAAACGUUCUUCAAGUGUAAGAUUAUUAAGUCAGUACAACAAAGAAAACGUUACUGGAGUGAUUGAACCAGCUAAUAGCAAUGUUGGGAUCAUAGACAGAUUGAAGUCAAGCCAUAGUAGGGGUUCUAGUGUGAAUAAUCCUCCUCUACAAACUAAAUGGGACGAACUUACUGCAAACAGUGAUAAUCAUAACUUGGAGAUUGUUGCCCUCAGGCUGAGUAGGCAUCAGAUAAACCGAUUAGUAUCAUCAAUUUGGGCACAGUCUAUCUCUCCUGAAAAUAUGCCUGCAAAUUAUGAAGCAAUUGCUCAUACAUACAGCUUGGCACUGCUUGUUUCUAAAGCGAAGAAUUCUUUUCACGAGAUAAUAGUUCGGAGUUUUCAACUUGCAUUUUCUUUAUGGAAUAUUUCUCUUAAAGAAGGGCCAUUGCCGCCAUCUCGUCGGAGAUCACUCUUUACUUUGGCAAUUUCAAUGAUUAUGUUUUCUUCAAAAGCAUACAACAUUGUCCCUCUUGUCCAUAGUACCAAGGCAGUGCUUACAGAGAGAAAGGUUGACCCCUUCCUUCAUUUGAUUGAAGACAAGUUGCAAACCGUAAGCUGUGCACCUGACAAUCCGACCAUCAGCUAUGGAUCCAAAGAAGACGACGAUAGGGCCUUACACACACUUUCAGAAUUAUUGACUUCUGUACACCAAACGCAGGAAUCCUUUGCUUCUGAAAUCAUCAGAAGCUUGGACAUUUUUUCAAAAGCUGAAUUAUUGUCAAUAAAGGAGAAAAUGCUAGAAGAAUUCUCACCGGAUGAUACAUGUGAACUUGGAUCUCAGUUGACCAUGAAUAUUACCAGAAAGGACACUUCGGCAAACGAUGACGACUUUAUUUAUGAAUUAUUUGAAAGUCAAUUAAAACAAAAUCCAAGAUUGUCCAUGGAGGCCCCUAGUCUUUUGAGUGCUAAUCAAUUCUUAGAAUUAGUUUUCGACCCGUCUCAUCCUGCUGGGAGAAUUUCUGUAUCAACUGCAUUUGAUACACCUUACGAGGAUAUGGCUGAUAACUGUGAGGUACUUAUGAUGGGAAAGCAAAAGAUGUCUAGAUUGAUGAGUACUGAACAAAAGCAAGAAUGUUCAGUGAGCUCCCUUUUACCACAUCACAGCGAUGAAUCAAAAAAUAUGGUUUCCUCUUCCCAUGUGGAUCUUCAGAAGCAGGACAAGCCUAUCUUUGAUGAUGAAAAUUUUGUGGAAUUGUAUCGACCGACUUCUGGCCCAGUUCCCAUGUUGUGUGGAGCAGAAUAUCAGAAUCAUCCUCACUUUUUCCAACUGCCUACAGCAAGUCCCUUUGAUAACUUUCUAAAAGCUGCUGGUUGUUGAUCUUGUAGUUGUAUUGAAUUACAAAUGCUAUUAGGUUGUUGAGAAAUCAUAUUGAAGAAAGAAGUAAGGAAUCUAUCUUUAUGUUUGGAUAAGAGUUAGGUAUGACAAAAUUACAGUGGCACUGUGGUUUUGCAAAAGCUCUAAAAAUGUAGUUUUUGUCAAAAUCGUGGUGGUUUCUGUAAUUCUGUCAAUUUGACUGUUAAUUCAAACAAGCACUAAGCACCGUAAAUUUACUGGUGCCGAAAGCCACGAUAUUUCUUGAAGUAUUACAGUGUUGGUGUUUUAAUCAUAAUGGGUUGUGUUUCUGAUUUUUGAAUAUGCAAUUCUUUACUAUUUUUGUCACCUAACCUUGUAUAUUAUAAUGGCCUGGAAAGGCUUCAUGCAUUUCUUGUAAAUUAUAAAACUCUAUUGACAUUUUAUUUCCAUGUACAUACUACAUAUA